CCUUCCAUUUUUCUACUCCAUUGUUUAAUUUGAAGAUCUAAUGUUGAUUUUCCUGUCCCUGAAAACCCAUUUCAUUUUCCCGGAAAAUCUUCUUCCUUUGCCAUUUUUUCCCUUUUCCUUCACCGAAUUCUCAGUUUGUUUUUACCUUUUACGUAAUUUCUUUGUAAUUGUCCUGUCCAUUAGAUCUUUGCUGUCCCUGGACCCUGGUUUUACUUUUUUACGUAAUUCAUUUGUAAAACUCGUUUCCCUUUUUUGGAUUUUUUUCUUUUUUUAAAUUUUCUGGUUUUAUAUAUUAAAAUGGAGAAGGACAAAUCUCCAGGCUUACCGCUGACGGCAGGUCGAGUUUCGGGGUUAUCAUUUGCCGGAAAUGCUACGAACACUUCAAAUGCGAAACCCGAACCGGUAAAUUCCGGUCAAACUUCGGAUUCGAAUCGUUUCUGCCACGAUAUAAGCGAAAUGCCUGAUAAUCCACCGAAGAAAUUAGGCCACCGUCGUGCCCAAUCCGAGAUCAUAACUCUUCUGGAUGAUCUUAACUUCGACAGUGAUCUCGGCGCUGCGGGGGCAACCGCAACCUACGGGGCUUCGUCCGACGAAGCGGAGGAGGAAAUUUUGUCUGCGUAUCUUGAUAUAAAUAAGUUCAAUUCUUCUUCUGUCACCUCGUCGUCUCAGGUCUGUAAAUCUACAGCAACGGCGGGUACGGGAGGAGGGACGUGGACGUUGGGUGAGGAAAAUGCGAGUAAUGGUGUUGGGUCUUCUAGGAAGCCUAGAGGUAGGCACCAACAUAGCCUGUCGAUGGAUGGGUCGACAAGUAUUAAGCCGGAAAUGCUUAUGUCUGGUUUGGCGGAGGCUUCGCCUGCUGAGUCUAAGAAAGCAAUGUCCGCUGCUAAGCUUGCUGAGCUUGCUCUUGUUGACCCCAAGCGUGCUAAGAGGAUCUGGGCAAAUAGGCAGUCUGCUGCAAGGUCAAAGGAAAGAAAGAUGCGAUAUAUAGCUGAGCUUGAGCGGAAAAUACAGACACUGCAAACAGAAGCAACGACAGUCUCUGCUCAGCUGACUCUAUUACAGACAGACUCCACUGGCUUGACUGCUGAAAAUAGUGAGUUGAAGCUGCGGUUGCAAACAAUGGAGCAACAGGUUUACUUGCAAGAUUCAUUAAAUGGUGCACUGAAAGAAGAAAUCCAGCAUCUAAAAGUGCUGACUUCUCAAUCCAUGUCAAAAGGUGGACCAAGGAUGAACUACGCAUCUUUGGGAGGUAGUCAGCAACACUACCCGAAUAAUCAUGCUAUGCAGGCUCUUCUAACGGCGCAGCAAUUGCAGCAACUUCAGAUUCAGUCUCAAAAGCAUCAGCAUCAGAUUCCACCACAUCUAUUGCAUCAACUUCAACAGCUACAACUGCAACAACAACAUCAACAGGAGCAGCAACAGCAGACAGGAGAGAUGAGAGCUAGGGCAUCUAUGCUUUUACCAAACCUGAAAGAUGGUCCGUCUUCAGAUGUCAGCUCAACCGCAUCAAAUGAUUGAGGAGUUAAAAAUCCAUAGGGACAGGUAUUGAUGGGCGUUUCGCUUCCGAUUCAAAAAAUUUUGGUUGCAAUCCAUUGUUAGAUAGGACAACAUUUAUUCUUUCCAUUUGUUCUUUCACAUCAAUCUCUUUAUAUAACAUUUAUUUCUAGUUAUAUAAUCUUCUGGUAUGGUAUAUCUUUUAGGAAUUGUCCAAUUUUCAUCGGUUACGUUUUCUUUCAUCAUUAGGUUGAAGGGCGGAACCAUUGAUGACAUUAGUUAGGUAUGAGUUUUUCAUGUGAGUUUUAUUCGCUUGUGAUGCAUUCAAAGUUCUAAUACGAAUGUCGCCAGGCACGGUGUUUUUGUUUAUUCGUCUUGUUAUUACGACUAUUAUGGAAUUUUGCUUAAGCUUGUCUUUUAAGUGUUUUGAAAAUGUUGUUUACAUC